AUGUCUCAACGUCAACCUUUAGCUGUUGUUGGCUACGCUUACAGAGCACCUGGCGUUGGUCGUACGGGUCUGUUUGACUUUCUGGAACAAGGAAAAUCAGCUUGGUCUAAAGUUCCGGCUGAUCGCUUCAAUCAGGAGGCAUUCUAUCAUCCAGAAUCUCGGAAACCUGGUUUUAUCUCCUCCAAGGGAGCACAUUUCCUGCCAGAUGAUAUAUACGCAUUCGACCCCACAUUCUUCAACAUCAAGGCUGACGAGGCUCGUGCUCUGGAUCCGCAGAUUCGUCUUCUUCUAGAGUGUGCAUUCGAGGCUGCGGAGAACGCUGGCAUUACACUUCAAGAGCUUAUGGGAGCCGACAUUGGGGUGUUCGCAGCAAGUGAUAAAUCUGAAUACUACAACACGGAAGCGCAUGAUUUGUAUACAUCCUCCCUCUUCACAGCCACGGGUGAAAACCCUUGCAUGUGGGCUAAUCGAGUCUCAUACUUCUUCGGCCUGACCGGUCCAUCUGUUUCUGUCGACGCCGCAUGCGCUUCUAGCUCGUAUGCUAUUCAUCUGGCUUGUCAAAGCGUCCUGUCUGGAGAAUGUUCUGCCGCCUUUGUGGGGGGGGCAAAAGCGCUGAAUGGUCCAAACAGUUGGAUCGAGUUGGAUACUAUGGGUACCUUGUCACCAGAGGGCAAGUGCUUUUCGUACGACGUUAAAGCCACUGGCUUUGGAAGAGGCGAGGGUGCCGGGUGCAUUAUCAUCAAGCCCCUCGCCGAUGCACUUGCCUGCGGCGACACUGUGCGCGCUGUCAUUCGGAAUUCUGCAGGGAACCAUUCUGGGCGCACACAAGGGAUCUCAAUGCCUAGCCGCUCAGCACAAGAAGCUCUCUUAUCUAAACUACACGUCGAUGUCGGAUGCGAUUUUAGUGAAACGACCUAUGCAGAGGGCCACGGAACGGGAACCCCAGUUGGCGAUCCCAUAGAAGCCAGUGCUAUCGCAACCGUAGUGGCUAGUCGCCGUUCAAGAUCGAAUCCUCUAUACCUCGGUGCAGUGAAGUCCAAUCUUGGACAUAUUGAGAACGCUAGCGGGCUACUAUCAUUCAUAAAAUGCGUCAUGAUGCUCGAAAACGACAUUCUCUUCCCCAACGCAAACUUCACUGCGUUAAAUGCGUCAAUCGAAGGUGGCGAGCGACUGAAGGUCCUCACCAAAUCGAUGCCCUGGCCUCCAAACGCCGUUAAAAGAGUCUGCAUGACAAACUUCGGUUUCGGCGGAAGCAAUGCAGCUUUGCUACUCGAAGCGGCCCCGAAAGCGCCCACAAUCACCCUUACCCAUGGAAGGAACAACCUUAAUGUCGACUACUCUGAUAUGAAUCCCCGCGCAACUCCCGGUAGUGGUGAAUUGGAGCAGUUAUUUGUACUCUCUGCGAGAUCGCCCAUCAGCCUCGACGCUUACAUCUCCUCAUUUCAGGAAUACUUAAAGACGGCACCAGCUACUACCUCUUUCACCAAGAAUCUUGCCUUUACCUUGGGAACGCGAAGGACACACUUUCCCUAUCGCUUUGCCGUGACAGCGCAUUCGGCAAACUCGCUACAGCAGAAGAUUGCAUCAACGCCGGCAAACUUAAGAUCAGGAGUGACCGCGAUCCCAACUGUGGCAUUUACAUUCACUGGCCAAGGAGCUCAGCAUCAUCAGAUGGCGACGGAUCUUCAACAUUAUAGUGAAUUCCAGCAAAGUUUGGCGGCAGCGGACAAGAUCCUUUCACGUCUCGGAGCCACAUGGCGUUUGACCGAAGAGCUGGCCAAAGGAGAGCAUGAGUCUCGCGUCAACGAUGCGGAAAUUAGCCAGCCUGCUUGUACUGCAGUGCAGCUUGCGCUCGUGAAUCUUCUAGGCUCAUGGGGAAUUGUCCCAAAGGCUGUUGUCGGACAUUCAAGUGGAGAGAUAGCCGCCGCUUACAGCGCAAGCAUCAUAUCUUUCGAAGCCGCAAUAGCGAUCAGCUAUUUCAGGGGAAUUGCCGCCAGUAAAGUCAUUGCGGAUAGCACGGUUCACGGAGCGAUGCUGGCCUUAGGCACUUCCGCCGAGGAUGCUGAAACAAUGUUCCCACAACAUGAUGAAGGGUAUGCAGUCAUCGCUGCGAUCAACAGUCACGACAGCGUAACUGUUUCUGGUGACGCGUCUGUUAUUGCAGACAUCCAAGAACAAGCGGAAGAGAAAAAUCUCUUUGCACGCAAGUUGAAAGUAGGUGUCGCAUAUCACUCAAAACAUAUGCAACGGGUAGCUGGUUCGUAUCUGGCUUCAAUUAAGACUUUAAAUGCGGCCAGUUCCACCACGCCUAGGAGAAACGCGACAACGAAUCCUCGUUUUUUCUCGACUGUCACUGGUCGUAUGGAAACUGUAGAGACAAUUGAUUCCCAGUAUUGGAUAGAAAAUCUCCUCAUGCCUGUUCAAUAUGUGAAAGGUGUGGAGGCUCUGUUCGCGCACUCUGGGGACAACAUCAUCACUCCAAAUAUUCUUGUCGAAAUUGGUCCCCACUCAGCUCUGCAAAGUCCGACCAAACGUAUUCUAGAGAAGCUUGCAGUUUCGAAAGAUAACAGCGCACCUCUGGCUUCCGCGAUAUAUCUUCCCUCACUUAUGCGCGGCAAAAAUGAUUCCGCGGCUCUACUUGACCUAGCAGGCAAGCUCUUCUCACUAGGGUCGAAAAUUAACUUCGAUACGAUCAACCAGACGCAAAAACCUAGUGUGAGGGUACUGCGUGAUCUGCCCUCAUACGAAUGGAACAAGUCUGUGAGAUAUAUUCACCAACCUCGACUUGGAGCCGAGAGGCUUUACGGUGGACAGAAAUACAACACACUGCUUGGUUGGAAAAGCCCGUAUAGUGAAGGAGACGAGCAAGUAUUCCGGAAUGUCUUCACUUUGGACGAUCUCCCUUGGAUCAGAGAUCAUGUUGUCAUGAAAGAAAUUCUUUUCCCUUACACUGGAUUUGUCUCAUUGGCAAUUGAAGGCUUCCGUUCAAUUUCUGUUAGCACUUUGCAAACAAUUUCGAUACUAGAGCUUCACGUCACUACUAGCCUCAAGAUUGAGGAAGACCAGCUUGUAGAUGUUACUACCAAGUUCCGGCCAGCAAAGAUGGGAACCAAGGCUAAUUCUUCCACCAUCUGGAACUUUGAAACGCUAUCUUGGACCGAAGCACAUGGGUGGACACAACACUCUUACGGAAUCAUUGAAGCAUCAAACUCCAAUUUUACAAGCGCAGCGGUCACAUCUGCCGUUGAAAUCCUCAAAGACAAAUCUCGGCUCGAUUUGCUCAACUCCGAACAUGAGUAUGAGCUCUUACAAGACAACAACAAUCUUGAUUAUGGACCAUCCUUUCGCAAUGCUGUCAGUUUCUGGAAGUCUCCAGGUGUUGUUAUCCACGAGGUUCUCGUACGCGAUAUUGAGAAAGAAAUUAACGAGAGAGGAUCACCAGUUACAGUCCACCCACCCACUCUUGACGCCAUGUUCCAUUCCAUGGGUGCAAUUCAAGGCACUAACAGGUCCCGGGCUGUUAUAGUUCCAACAUUCUGCCAGCAGUGGCGGAUAUCCAAUGGCAUUGUCACACAACCUGGUCAAAAACUGACUGUUGUCAGUAGACGCACAAGCCAUGAUCCGAAAUCGAACAACAUGGAUAUGGAUUUCAUCAUGUUCGAGAAUUCUACCGGAACUCCUACUCCUGUCGCAGAGAUUGGUCCUGUCAAGUUCCAAUGUCCUUCAUCCGGACCUAGUUGACCCAACAGCGCUGGCCCGC